AUGGCGACUGCAGGAGAAGAAGCUUCUCACGAAGAAUCCAACGAAAAUCAGGCUCAUCCUGAAGGUAGGAGGGCUGAAAUUUAUGUUUUUGUUAUCCUUGUUUUCAAAGAAGGUUUUUUCUCAUUACUUUGCGGCUCCUCUUUAUCAUAACUUCGAAUACUGCAGCGUGUUUGUGUACGGCCGUUCAAUUAUCUUUCGAGUUCGACCUUCGAUCUGUUAACUGUGUUUGUUUGCAAUGGAAUUCAGGGGAUAAGGCUGCUAGCACUACGGCAGUUAAUGCUGAUGCGGAAAUGCCUGAAACGAAAGAAAAUGGAGAGGCUGCAGUUAGUCAAGAGAAUUCUUCUGAUACUACUCAAGAUGAAGUUGUCAAUGAACAGGAACUUAAAUACUGGAAAGCUGUCAAGGAAAAUCCGGCGGACUUCACUAGCUGGACAUAUCUCCUACAAUUUGUGGAGCAAGAGGUAUGUAUUAAACACUUCUACUUUUGCUCUGAUCUUCAUCACUUGGAAAAAGCAACUGUUGUUAAACAUUAACAGCUGUUUUACAUAAUACUUUCGAUUCUUGAGCACGUUUUGCGAAUUCUGACAAAUCGUUCUCUUUGUCUAGGAUAAUUUUAGCCCUUUACUUGGAUAAAACCAUGCAAGUCAGCGUUUGUAGAAACUUCUGUUGGAGGUUAUUUCUUGUUGAUUGUUUUUCCAGCCUGCACUUUGUUUUGAUAUCAAAAGCCGAGUAAUUGCUGCUAACUUGGCAAUUGAUGUGUUUUUCUUACUUUAGAACAAGCUCUCUUCAGCCAGGCAAGCUUUUGAUGCUUUCUUCAAGCGUUAUCCUUAUUGCUAUGGUUACUGGAAGAAGUACGCAGACAUGGAGAGAAAGAAUGGAAACAUAGAUAAUGCCAAAGAGGUAAAAAAUGAAAUUUCUUGAAGCUAAUUUUAACUUUUGAUCGGCAAUUUUGGAUAAUGGCAUCAAACUGAUUUGCCUUGAGCUCCGCCUUCGCUUCCCAAACUACAACUGUGGCUUUGUUUCUUCAGUCAAAAGGUAGCAGCUUUCUUGUUCCUGAGAACCCGCUGGCGAGGACACUUUUUCACAUGUAGUAAUCAUUUUGUGGACAACUGUUCUAGCCACUGUUGGAGGUGGUCUCUGAUCCAUUAAUCAAUCAAUUAUUAUUUGGAAACUAGUUUUUAUUUUGACAGGCCUUGCAUAUUUCUCUUUUCAGGUGUUUGAAAGGGCCAUUGCUGCAAUCCCUCUAAGUGUGGAUUUGUGGGUACAUUAUCUGAACUUUGCUUCGCUGACUACCAAGGGUCAACUUGAUGGCCCACAGCUCAUGCGAAGGUAACUUUGAUCUGUACAGUUAAUCUGUACCUUUGUACUGAUAUUGACAGUCUAUCUGUUCUCCAGGAGUACCACUUUCAUCUCAAGACAUGACAAGCAUCAAAUAUAAAUGGUUGAAAUCCUAGAGAUGAGCGCACACCAAAGGAUUAUUCACCGUUGAUGAGUGUGUUUGUUUUCAAACUUUAAAAAGUUUUGUUUUUGAAUUUCUGAAUUUCAUUUUGGCAGUAAAUCUAACCCCCAUAAUUUGUUGUGCCAUGUGUUUCUUGUUAGUAACUCUCCAGUUAGGGUGGUAGUGUGCAUCGCAACCCAUGCUGGCCUCAGGCAGGUCAAUAUUGGUAUGGGGUACUUUCUGAUGGAAAAGGUAUUUUUUAUAGUUCAGUCCUCUUUUUAACAUUUUUAAAUCUACAAGUCAUGUUCUAUCUCCUUUAGGAUCAGUUUCCAUUUUUUUGCGCUUCUUUUGUUACUUUGUAGUUUAUUUGAGCGAGCUGUUUCUACUGCUGGUGAUGAAUUCAGAGCAGACAAGCUAUGGGAUGCUUACAUUGAGUGGGAAAAAAGCCAGGGCCAGCUGCAAAGGGUGACUGCCCUUUAUGAUAAAGUCUUCACAGUCCCAACACAGAAUUACACCCAACAUUUUGAAAAGUAAGAACUUCCAUCACCAGAUAUCAGUUUUCAAAGUUGUCAGAUUCAGAUAUCAGUUUUCCAUUUAGAAAAAAGUCCUGUCCAGUGGUCCAGGACAAAAAGACAUUGUUACUAGGAAAGUAACCUUUAAAGCUGACUUUCCCAGUGGGCAGCAGUCUAGGCAAAUCAUACUCUAAAGAAAAUGAUUAACUAAGAGGAGCAAAAUACAUGUACAAGAGCCACUUGCCCAAAGGACAAGCUUAAAGUUGUUUUUUUCUGUACAAAGUCCCAUGUGCUGUGGGAGAGCCAAGUGGCUGCAAGCUUUUCUCUUUCUUUCUUGCUCUGGAAAGCAAAGAAAUGGGAUAAUUUAAAAUAAAUAAGCCUGCAUAGCUUCAUAGGCACAGUCACAUGACUUGUAACUCUUAAGGGCCUGUUAGCUAAAUAAAGCAUUUCUAACAUUUUAGCAUUAUUAUUUUGGUCUAGUGAGUUCAAUAAUAAUUGAAAACUGUUUGUAUUAGAUGUUAUUCAUGACAGUGUGUAAUCUGUCUCCAGGUUUAAGCAGCACAUCAACUCUAACCCCAUAGCCGCAGUACUGUGUACAGAAGAAUUACUGAAGCUCAGAGCUGAAGUGGCAGCAGCUCCUCCCGGUGUAACCACUGCAGAAGCUGAGCCUCUGAUCAGCGUCGCUACAACAUCAACACAUCCACCAGGUAAAAAUACCAUGUUCAUGUCCUAACAAGAGCCAUUAAAAUUUACUUUUAGAUAGGGACUACUCUUUCCCAGGGUGCAAAGAAAAUCAUUUUUACAGCUUGCCAUUCGGGCAACCUGAAGCUAGCAUUUACUAGCCCAGACGUCAUUUCAACUAGCCCCAAAAUCUUUUUGACAAGCACAAUUGUAUUCACAGUUUUUCUGUUAUUCGAAUUCUUCAAAAAACAUCACUUGCCCAUCGGUCAAGUUAAAAACAGAAUUCACUGAGGCAAAAUCCACUUUACUGAUUUAUGAUUACUGCUAUUUUACAAAGUGCAGUGAUUUUACUGCAAAUAGUUAUGGUGAGUCCUGAGACUCAUCUUGUGAAAAGUCAUGAGUCCCAGUCCAGAACCAAUGAGUCCUAAAUUGAAAAAGCUUGGGCCUUCAUUUAACCUGGCAGUCUGACUCCAAAACUCUGUAUCACAGUUUACUGAACCAAGAAUAAAAAUAGAAGGCGGCACCCGCGAUAAUUUUGGGAUUUAUAGCUCCUUUUGUUUAAGUUUUUCUUUGAACACCUCUGGCUUUGCUGAAGAGCCUCCUACUUUAUCAGUGAUCACCUCCUACUUAAAAAUCUAUUGAGAACCCUGGAAUAAUUAUACUCCUUUUAUUGAAAGCACAACAGAGACUAAAAGAAACAUGAAUUGCUAAACAAUAGCCUUGAGAACAGCCACCAAAAUCACAAAAACAAGGUAUUUUAUGAAAACAUCUCAAGUUCUAUCUUUGCGUCCUACAUGGACUUAUGCCAUGAAUUAUUCUGUGUCUUUGAGGAUUUUUAUGCGUCAGGGACUUACGACGCAGAGGUAACAAAAUCACAGAGAAUGAUGAUAAAAGGAUGUGGCAACUUUACUAGUAAAUGUGUCUGUUCAGUGACUCUUUGCUCAGUCCCUGUUGCCUAUAACAUCUGUAUUUGUCUGCAUUUAUUUGACCACUGCUCUUUUGGUGGGUAGAGGUAAAGCAGAUCUACUUCCAUUUGCUUUGAUUCCACAUAAAGUCUUUGCAGUGUUGACAUGGGAAAUAGAAUGCAGGGAAGGGGCUAGGGAGAAUUGGAACAGCAAGGAUAUUACCAUCAGAAAAUAAAAGCACAUAGCAGGUGUUAGGCAACUUGAGUUACUACAGAAUUGCAGACAGGUGGUGUAAUGAAGUUGUUCUAAUUUUUCUUGUGGUUGUUAACUAUCUGCUAUAGGUGUAGAUGGAGAUUCAGAAGCUGAUGAAGUUGCACCAGGUACGGAGAACCUGUGUGCUCCUGGAGCAGAAAGCUCCGUCUCUGCACAGGUGAGGCACAUGGUUAAAUUGUAUGCUUUGUCUGUAGGUAACAUGAUCAAUUUGAAUCGAUUGUUAGCUUUUUACAAAGCUUCAGUGUACCGUAAACGCUAGCUAUUGAAAAAACACUAGAACUUCUUGGCAUUGACUCGGUGCAAUUUUGGUGGCCAGUUUUUUUUUGUACUUGACAUGGCAGCCAAAACGGGUUGCAGCUUGGAGCACUGUUUUUAAUAAGUACUCUGUAUUCUUGCUAGAAUGAUGCUGAGACCGUUGCCAUCCGAGAGAAAGUAAUAGCAGCUAGGCAGAAGGUAUUUAAUGCUUUGGAAGAGGAGGUGCGAAAAAGAUGGCCAUUUGAAGAAGCCAUUAAAAGGCCCUACUUUCAUGUUAAGCCAUUAGAACGUGUCCAACUUAAGAACUGGAGGGAAUACCUUGACUUUGAACUAAGCAGUGGGGAUCAUAGAAGAGUUGUUAUUCUCUUUGAACGUUGCGUAAUUGCAUGUGCAUUGUAUGAAGACUUUUGGCAAAGGUUUGCCACUUACAUGGAGGGACAUGGUGUUGAAAAAUGUCGACAUGUCUAUGAGAGAGCCUGUACGAUACAUCUGCCAAGGAAACCUUCUAUCCAUUUAGCGUGGGCUGCAUUUGAAGAACAGCAAGGUGGGAUGACAGAUUUUAAAGGAUGUGUAUUUAUAAGGCAAUGUCACUCAGGAUUAUGAGUAACCUGCAAUCAGCCCAGCCUUCUUCCCGAUUGUUUCUUAACAGCAAGCUUAGGUUAGCUAGGUCUUAAAACACAAAAAUAAAAACUUUUUAGUGAAUCAAGUCAACAAUGCACAGAGAAAAACCUCGACAGCUGCUGAGGACGAGUUGAUAUUCGUCUUCAGUAACUCUUUCUUGCUUGGACCAGGCAGAAUUUGAUUUGAGGAGCAUUCACCGCUUGCCUGGACAGUAGAUAAAUUCAACUAGCUGCCUUCGUUAUAACACAAAAUAAUGAUGACACAUGCCUUGUUUUGGUGGCAGCAGACCACUUGUGAAAUAAAAUUAUCGGGCAUUUUUUCCCCCCAUUCUCCGAAAAAAAAGGGCUAGAUUAUAGGGGUAACUUGAAUAUAUUUCAAACCUUUAUUUUCAAUAGCCAUUGUGAAUUAUUUUAUAAAAUAGUUCUAAAUAACUCAAAUUAAAUUUUGGCGUAUUUUCUUUCUUUGCAUUGACCUGUUCAUGACAAUAGAUUCAUCGUAUGAGUGUGAGCAAUGAGCAUGCUGUUUGUGUUUCUAGGAAAUGCUGGCAAGGCAUCUGAGAUCCUUACUGAAUUGGACAAGGGAGUACCAGGGAUAAUUAUGGUAAAGCUAAGAAGAAUAAAUCUUGAAAGAAGAAGAGGAAACACUGAUGCUGUGUCUGGGUUAUAUGAAGAAGCUAUGAUUGAGACAAGUGAUCAGGAACUUGCAACAUUUUUUGCCAUUAGAUAUGCAAGAUUCUUAGCUAAGGUAUCAUGUACAGUUGAACCCUUUAAGCCCCAAGUAUCCACACACAAAUUCUCCAAACUGAUCUCUAUACAUUUCCUUAAAGAAUGAGUUGAGAGAAUUUGAUAAAAGAUCAAGGCAUUUUCUCUUUGGUGAUCAUUUUAUUAAUUCUCAUAACUUAUCUCUUGAGAGUGUAUGGAUAUUGUUUGGAGAAAUUUGAUCUUGGUCACUAUUGGGAAUUAAAAAAGGGUUAAGGUGACACUCGACUGUUUGUACACAUGCCAUUGUUCUAAGUUGUGCGCCUAUAUUUGGGAUACAUACAUGCAGUUUGUAAGACAGAGGUUUUUUAGCAUAAAAAUGGAACAUUAAUUUGAUAUUGGCCUUUGUUGUAUACUGGUAACCUACCUCAACCCUAGGGAUUUGUUUUCCAACCCUGUGGCUGUAGGCUUCUCUCCUGCCGCUGCCACCAUAUUGGAUAAUGAGGAGACCUUGUGGUUGAAGUUGAUUGGUGACUUGGUUAUUAGAUUUUUUUAUCAUUGUAGGUCUUGGGUGAUGUUGAAAAGGCCCGGACAGUACUGAAAGGUGCUUUGGAGAAAGAUAAGGUAAGGUUGAUGUUCUGAUCAUCACUGUUGCUUCCUGAAGACAUGAUUUAUCAGGUUUUAUUGCAAGUAGAGCGGGCAACCUUUGCUAGUGAUUACGUCUGCCCUGUGACUCUUCACUCGUUCCCUGUUGCCAACAGUAAAAAGCAUAAAGCAAUGUCCUGCUGAUUCUCAUUGGUUAUUUUGAGACAAUCUUUUGCUAUCUGCAACAGUGUUGACCUUGACUUCCCAUAUUUUCAUUUAUUUUAAUUUUAAAUUAUUGCAAGACUGCACAUUUGUGCUUCACUGAAAAACACAGAGAAUGGUUUUCUGGUUCAUUUUUGUAGCUUUUAAAAGAUGAUUAUGAAACCCUUAUUUAAGAAGCCCGUAACUGUCAUUACCUUGACCACUUUUUCUGGUGGAAAAGAUCUUCUAUUCAAAGCUUUGAUCAGUGCUCUUAAAGGUUAAGCAUGAACCCUGGACUUGCAUCUUAAAAUUUAGCAGUCACUGGGCAGUGAGGGCAAUCUUUGUUCCUAACCCAAAUUUAGAAUUUGUCUUUAAUUUCUUAACUGUGCACAGGGUAACAAGAGACUAUACCUCCAGCUGUUGGACCUGGAACUAAGUACUUACCCAGUAAAUGAAGAAAAAAUCGAGGAAGUAUUUGACCUAGUCAAAGACAGUGAAUUGGAUUUAGAAACAAAGCAAGGAUUUUCCCAGCGAAGAGUUGAGUUUCUUGAAGAUUUCAGCAGUGAUAUUUCAAAAAUAAUGGCAGCUCAGGAGAAUCAUGCCAAGUUGUACAAAGGCAAGUCUGCUUUGAUCUCCUUGAGCAGCAGAAAGAGAUCACAAGAAGUAGAUGGGUAAGUUCUCAAACUAGCUAGUACGACUGCAUAGUACUGCAUAGUAAUAUUUUUCUUACGGUUCCUCAGCAGCUAUCUGGCAACCUACCGCUAGUGGAUGUGUCCUAUCCAUGACGUUUCACUCGUUCCCUGUUGCCAAGAGAAAUCGCAUAUUGCAAUUCUGAAGCUCCCCUGUCUUUGGGGGUUGAAUUUUGUUGUGAUGUGCCACAAUAAUCCUUGUUUUAAUUAUGUUAAAUUGGGUUGAUACAAACAGCACAUAAUGCUCCUAUGCAUUAUGUGCUUUUUAACACACAAUGCCUUGGUAGUGAUCUGCUUUGUUUUAUCCCAAUUAUUUAUUAAAACCUUACCCUCAAUUUAAAUACCAAGGUUGUUCUCUGAGAAAAAUGAUUAUCGGUUGUCAAAAAGUUCUGCAUCUAUGAAAUCUAGGGUGCUUAGCAUUAUGUAACAUGUAUUUCUGGUACAAAAUUGAAGAUUUUCCUGACAGCCUCCAUAAGACAAUGCAAGUCACUAGGGGACCCUGAGUACUGCUAUAGCACAGCUCUGAAUAAGAGUAUAACUUCUGCAAUGCAAUGUUCUCCACAGACAAUUAUUGACAAGAAACUGCUAAUUUUGGGGGGCGAUCAUUCUCUUUAUUUUCAAGACCUUUAUACUUGAUUAUGCAAUGACAUUUUCUUAUGGGAAAUAAGAUGCUGUUAGGUUAAUGACAGAUGUUUUCAAUUUAUAUUAUAGCUCGGAUAUAAAAUCCAAGAUGGCCAAAAGUGAAGAAGUACCAGCAGACAGCAGCCAGCAGGUGACAAGUGGAGCAUUGACUGAUGUUGGGGCUUACGACCCUUCCUACUCAUCAGCUGCUGCCUACACUGCAGCUGCUUCUGCUUACAGCUAUGCCACACCUCAGAGCCAGUGGGCAGCUUAUUCUGCAGCUCACCCGGUAAGAUCUUAUACUGAAUGAACUUUAUGUGUUUGGGUCUAUUAGUUCUUAUUACAGUAAAUCCUCUAUUAAGUCUCCAGGGGGGCUUAUUUAUUUCAAACACAUUUGAGGAGGUGCUUAAUAGAGACAGGGAAGUUUAUAUUGUUUAGCAAAGACGACGGUAUCAAGUGGAAAAGCUCAGGUACAAGAAGUUGGAGGGCAUGCAGCUGAGGAUCCAACACAAAUCCAAACUUCCAGCUGGUGCAUAAACCAUCCUGGAUCAGGGCAGAUGAAGUUUGACAGUAGUCCACUAAUAAGUUUUAUUAGUGGUUAAUAAGGGAGGAGGGGAGGGGGAAGGCCUAAAAGAGGGGGGCCAUAUUAACUUUCUUCCCCUGAAAAAGGAGGGUUUAUUGAGGAGGGAGGGGUUAACAGAGGAUUUACAGUAACAAUGAAGGGUUUCCCUUCAAGGGUUUUCCUUCAUUGGCAACCUUUGCUAGUGAACACGUCUGAUCAGUGACUGUUUGCUCGUUCCCUGUUGCCAACAGCAACUGUACUGUUCUGCUAUCCAUUGAUCUCUGCUCUGAUGAUGAGCAGACUGAUGAAGCAGAUGUAUUGCCAUUGCUUCCAAAAGCUCUUUUUUCUUCAAAGAACACUUUCAUGGACAAGUGAGUUCCCUUUAAAGACCCUUUUAUUCCCAAGCCAUUUGUUGAUGUUUAACAUUAAAUAAGUCAUCUGAUUUAACCCUGUGGUGUGACUAUUCAAAUCAUGCAUUUUUUUUAAUUUUGGCUUCCAUUCCUCCUGUUUUCCUUGUAGCAAAAUUCCUCAUGAAUAUGUUGUUGUCAUUUGUUCCAGAAUGCUUACACUUACAGUCAGUGGUAUCAACAGUAUGGGGCAGCAUAUGGACAUGCACACCAGACUGCCACACAAUAGAAAACACUUGCAGGCAUGCACUGUUGACAGACUACACAUCAGUUAUAGCUCGGAAGGCUAAAAACCAGACAGCAAAGCUUGUUGCAUGUUUUGCCGUGUCAGAAUUUUACAACUGCAUUGGUGUCCAAGUCAGUUUUGGUUCACUAGGUGAAAGCUACACAGUCAGCUGUCAUGUGUCACACAUCUUAGAACAAUGAACAGUGAAAAUGUCUAGUUCAUAGCAGGGGCAAACUAUCAGGGUUCUUUAUAUUGUUCGGUAAAUAAUACUUCUAGUUAUUUGGUCCCAUGGCUGUAAUGUGGUAGUUUGUGCUAGCAGUAUUGACAACUAUGUAAGGAUACGAGGACUGGCUGUUUGUUCUAGAUGUCACGGAAGUUGCCUUGGCCCUCGAAACAAACUUAAAGUAAAGUGUUGAAAGCAGCAUUAUUUAUUCCAGGUAAAAACUAGAAACUAUUGGAACAUUCAUAAGACAGUGUAGAGGCUGC